GACGUCAUAUGUCUCAGAAAAAGGAGUGCCAGACGGGACAGUAAAUAUACAGGGGAUUUCCCAUUUUAAAUGCUCGAUAAGGCAAAAUGAAAUGGAUUACAAGCAUGUUGUUUACCCUGGCGUUUACGAUCCAUCCAAGUGAAACAAAAAGAGAUGUAUUCUGCAAACCUAGAAAACAUGAGCAGUACAUAGAGCAGUUUAAGGGAUGUAAAAAGUGUGACAGGUGUCCAGCUGGGUGGGGAUACGGAUUAGAUGGGAGUCAGAAUGAAGUGGAAAUGGAUCCUGUACAUGGUGCGACAUCUUGUCAGAAAUGUAUCAAAUGUGUUAACGGGGUGACAUUUAGUAAAUAUAUCAAUCAUCGACCCUGCAGACUGUGUAAAAACUGCACAGCAAUUGGAAAAGUAGAAGUCAGACCCUGCACUUUGAUAGUAAAUGCUAAAUGUGGAGAGAUUCCUCCACCCUCCAAAAGCAACCUGUAUUCACGAGAUGAGAAGGCAUAUACCAGACAGAAGGAACAAAAGGAGCGCGAUCCCUACCAGUCUACUGCUACCAAAGAUUUGGUAAAUUUCAGAAGUGUUUUUCUCUGGACUACGAUUGUUCUUACUCUCAUUGUGGGCCUUUUUGUUAUGAUGCUUUAUGUAAUGAGGAGAAAUGCAAGAAAGAGAAUCAGAGCCGUUAACAAGCUAGAAGAAGUGACACCAAAAACUAAUGGGGGUGAAGACAACGAAAUAACGAUAGAAACAACGACUUUGAUGACUGAGGACAACAGGGAACAACAUUCUGAAGAGCUUAGAAACUUUAUAAGACAAGUGUCAAAGACUGACUCUGUUCCGUAUCUGGAAUCCAAUUUUACCUACGAACUGGAUACAAUUCCAUCUGUUGAGAAGGACAUGGAAUGCGAUGGAAAUAGACUACACUCUUUCAAACCUGCAGAUUCUCAUCUUCAACAUCUUCAAGCUUAUCUUCAAUACACAUACUGCAAUUUCUAUGUUUCAGAGUCAGAGUUGAAGAGUGAGAUGUUGACAGAUGCCCAGUUACAAGAUCUUUGUCCAGAAUUGGCCGCAAGCAACAACUAUCGUAGGGUCGGACGCAUGCUUGGUGUACGAGACAACGACAUUGAAAUUAUCAAUGAGCAGAAUCGAGGAGAUCCCAAGGAAUCUGCCUUCCAAACAUUAAAGAAAUGGAGAGAACUGAAAGGUAAACAAGCAACAAAACAGCGACUCAGGGAAGCACUGUGCUCUACUGAUCGUCAGGACCUUGCAGACAGAAUCAAGUAAAUAGACUUGCAUGGAAAAGAUUAUCUUACAAGUGAAAGGUGUUAAUCUUGAAUUAGAGAGCUGAUCAUACGACUCCAGUAUAUCACUGAGUCCUCCUUGAUAGAGGUUGCAGCUUAACAAAUGCCUGAGCUCCGGUAUGCUGCAAUACUAACAUUGUACGUGUUAUCUGUCCAUAGUGAAUUGGUGAGCGAAUAGAUCAUAAAAUGCAGUAUGAAAAACGCAAACAAACGAUUUGCCAAACAUUGUUACUAUUUGAUCUCUUGCUCAUCGGUCGCACGAACUCAUUUGAGGACUUUAAGGUUGAAAAAAUUGCAACAAGAAAGCAAUGAGUGCAGUACCUUGUUGUUCUGAAAAAUAAAGUUUGGAAAAAUA